GGACAGCAGCCACCAUGACCAAGGACUCGCCCAACCCUUCCGGUGGCAGCCGCGCGACACCCAAGAAGCUGGCCAGUCCGGGCCCGACGGCAUCGGCAUCAGCAGCAGUGCUGGAGGAGCAGAAGCGGGAGCUGGAGAAGCUACGGGCGGAGCUGGAGGAGGAGCGGGCGCGCGGGAGGGCGGAGCGGCGGCGCUGGGCGGCCGAGGCGCGCCAGCUGCGGGAGGCGGAGGAGCAGGGGCGGCGGCAGCUGGUGGACCAUCUGCGCUCCCAGUGGGAGGCCCAGCGCUGCCGGGAGCUGCGGCAGCUGCAGGAGAAGGUGCUGCGGGAGCGCGAGGCCGAGAUCCGGCAGCUGCUGCGCUGGAAGGAGGCCGAGAUGCGGCAGUUGCAGCAGCUGCUGCACCGCGAGCGCGACGGCGUCGUCCGCCAGGCGCGGGAGCUGCAGCGCCAGCUGGCCGCCGAGCUGGUGAACCGCGGCUACGGCGGCCGCGCGGGGGCGCCCAAGGCCGCCGCCGCCGCCGCCGCCGCCACGCAGUGCCGCUGCCGCCUGCAGGACGUGCUGGCGCAGCUCCGCUGGGAGACCGACGGCGAGCAGGCCGCGCGCAUCCGCCACCUGCAGGCGGCGCUCGACCUGGAGCGGCAGCUCUUUCUCAAGUACGCCCUGGAGCACUCCCGCUGGCUCCCGGUUUUGCCCGGCGCCCCGGAUCCCCAGGCGGCUGUGCAUUCUUCGGAAGGCCCGCACCCCGAGGCCACCAGCGACUCUCACCGCCCUCCAAAGUCCCCCCAAGUUCGACUCGAAUCCCUUGAUGGCCUGAGCUCCCGCUCCCUCGAAGGGGUGCCCGCAGCAUGCUCCAGCUCCCUCGACAGCCUGCUCCCCACGCGCUCCGGCUCCCUCGCUUCCCUGGCACCAGCGCGCUCCCACUCGCUGGACAGCAUUCUGAGUCGUCGUCCCCUCAGGGCCCCCGAGUCCGAGGAACGGGCUUCCUCGGCGGACACGUUCAUCCUGGGCUUCCUGAGUCCCCCGCCGCCAUCGCUGUCGCCGCCAUCACCGCAGCCUCUGCCACCACCGCCACCACCAUCGCAGCCCAGGGGUCCCGGCGACCAGACAGGAGAAGACUCCGGGAGCCAGCCCUGCGAUGCCCUGGCCCUCUUGCCGCCCCUGAGCCUGGAGGACCAAGAGCUUGGGAAGCAGAACUCGGAGCUGUCGGAGGCGCUGCAGAGGCUGGCGCGCCGCUGCUCGGACCUGCUGCAAGAGAACCUGCAGCUGCGGCGGCGCGCGCGCUUCCCGGACCAGGAGGCGGACAAGGCGAAGCGGCUCAAGGUGAAGCACGCGGAGCUCACAGGCCUGGCCCGCCGCCUGGAGGACCGGGCCCGCAAGCUGCAGGAGACCAACCUGCGGGCCCUGAGCGCGCCGGUGCCCGGGGAGAGCCGCGCAGCCGCCGCCGCCGCCGGCCUGGAGCUGUGCCAGGCCUUUGCCCGCCAGCGCGCCCGGGACCUGUCGGAGCAGGCGAGCGCGCUGCUGGCCAAGGACAAGCAGAUCGAAGAGCUGCAGCACGAGUGCCACUUGCUGCAGACGCACGUCGCCUCGGGCCUCGGAAGCGCCCCCCACCCUCAUGGGGGCGCGGCCAGCGCGCAGUGGCUCAAAGUCAGCGACCUGGACCGGCUGCAGCGGGAGUCCCAGCGCGAGGUGCUGCGCCUGCAGAGGCAGCUGACGCUGCAGAAGGCGGCCCGGGCGGAGCCGAGCCGCAAUAGAAGUCCAAUGCGCUAUCCAUUGCGCCACGGAGCCCCGAGCCGCAAUAGAGAUCUCAGAUGCGAGGAGGCGCGGUGCCAGGUGCAGGCGCUGGAGUGCGAGGUGUCCCCGCGGAGGCGGGAGUGCCAGGAGCUGGGGUCCCCGGCGGCGGCGGCGGCGGCGCGGCGGCGGCGCGGCUCGGAGGCGGAGGCACAGCUGCAGACCGCGCUUGGGGAGGGCGCCUGGCUGGCCGAGGAGAAGGCGCGGCUGCUGCCGGCACAAGCCGCCGGCUGGACGCGGAAACUGGCGGCCGAGAAGGACGACGUGCUCGAGCAGCUGGGCCGCGCGUGCCGGGAGCGCGACGCCACGGACUUGCUGGUGGAGCAGCUGCUGCAGCAGGCGGCGCGCGAGCGGGAGGAGCAGCAGCAGCUGCAGCGUGACCUGCAGAAGGCACUGCGCGAUCUCGAGGCUGCCCGGGAGGAAGUGCGGGUGCUGCAGAGCCAGCCUGGUCCCCAUCCCCAGGAGCCCCCGGAGACCUCCCAAGCCCAGGAUUUCCAAGGCAGGAAGAGCAGAAGGGCCAGGUUCCAGCCAGGGCCCGAAGACCGGGCAUCUCCACGGCCCAGCGGAGACAAACAGGAGAGGGACGCCUCUCUGCCGGAGAGCCCAGUUGCCCUCGGGGAGCCAGCCCAUGUCCCCCCUCAAGCACCAGGCAGAGUCCCAGCCAGCCAGCCUCUGGACAGCAGACCCCAGGCCAAGAAAACCAGCUCCCAGUCCAACUCCUCCUCCGAGGUGGAAUCCCUGUGUGCCACCGUGCCGUCUUGCCUUACUCUGGACAUGGACACAGCCAGUGAGGUGGAGGACCUGGAUCCCGACAGUGCGUCCUUGACCCUGGAAGCGGGGGACUCGGAGGCCCCCGCCCCCGCCCCCGCCCCCAAGCUCAAGAUCUUCCUGGUUCGAUACAGCUACAACCCGUUUGAGGGGCCCAACGAGCACCCGGAGAGCGAGCUGCCCCUCACGGCGGGCGACUACGUGUACAUCUUUGGCGAGAUGGACGAGGACGGCUUCUACGAAGGGGAGCUGGAGGACGGCCGGCGGGGCCUGGUGCCCUCCAACCUGGUGGUGCAGAUUCCGGACAACGACGUCCUUGGCUGCCUGCCCCCCGAGACCUCUGACCCUGGCCCCGCUCAGCUCCCAGCUGGACAGGGCAGAGCUUCAAAGGAAGACAUUAGUCACAGCGUAUUGCCCGGGAAAGCUCAGGGAGCUGCGGAUGGGGAGACGUGCCAGAUGGUGAGGGUGGCCUCCAAGACGGAAGCGGCAAUAGAGAUCUCCGAUGCCAAGACAGAAGAUGGCUGGCUGGGCCCACCGCCGAGUGUGGAGGAGCAGGGGUUCUCCAGAUCCCUCUUAGGGCCCGACGGGGUCCCCUGCGUAGCCCCCAAACAGCUACGCCUGCAGAAUGUUGCGGCCACAUCGGCCAGGAUCCUCUGGGUCUCCAGCAGCCCCCGCCGGCCGCACGUGGUGUACCUCGAUGACCAGAAGCACGCCCUGACCCCAGCCGGCGUGAGCAGCUACGCCUUCCGCAGCCUGCAGCCCAGCACGCGGUACCGGGUGCAGGUGGAGGCGCAGCUGCCAUGGGACUCCAUGCAGGGGCGCUGGGAAACCCUGUCCUCCGCGCUCACCUUCGACACGCCCUUGGCGGGGCCCCCGGACCCUCCGCUGGACGUGCUGGUGGAGCGCCACGCAAUGCCGGGCCUCCUGGUGGUCAGCUGGCUCCCAGUGACCAUCGACCUGGCCGGCUUCUCCAACGGGGUCCGGGUCACCGGCUACGCCGUGUAUGCCGAUGGGCUCAAGGUGGCAGAGGUCACCAACGCCACCGCUGGCAGCACCCUGUUGGAUCUGUCCCAGCUCCAGCUGCCCCGGAUGUGCCAGAAGGUCUCGGUGAGAACCGUCUCGCUCUGUGGCGAGUCGCCGGAUUCGGUGCCGGCUCAGAUCCCUCAGGAUGGUUGGAACGGGAACAGACUGCCAGAGACCUCUCCCUUUACUUGCCCCCGUGGCGACCGGUCCCCGGGCACCACCACCUUCCCCGUCUGCCCGCAGAGGUUGGUGCCAGCUCCACCGGGUGCCAGGGCUGGUUGCCACACCCCCAGAAGCUGUGGGGAGUCCCUGGAAGCAUUCCCUGAAGAAGACCCGAUGCCCGGCCUGAGCUCAGAAGGAGAAUGUCCAAGGGCAGGGGCAGGUGGCCACACCCCGGGGCCUGCAGAGGCCUGGGGGGUCUGCAGAGAAGACCUCCUCUCUCGGGAGAGCACUCAGAACCACAGGCCACCCCUGCACAGUGGCCAGUCUCAGGGGGGAGAGCACAGUGACUGGCACCUGGGCACCAGCCGAAGCCCUGCUCUGGGAGGCCCCCGUCUGUCUCCCGAGCGUGCGCCCGGGAGAGAAGCCUGUCAGGGAAAGGCUGCCCUCGACAAGGUCCUGAGGCAGAAGCGAGACGCCCAGGUGUUCACCCCCCCCCAGAGAGGCACCCGCCAACGACACGCGUCUGGCUUCCGUGACAUUUUGCAGCAGCAGCAGCAGGAGGAGGAAGAGGAGGAGGCCCUGUGCUUCGGCCCAUGGGCCACUGAGAGGCAGGAGCAGAGAAGGGAGCUGAGGACGCAGAGCAGGCGAGGGCAGGCUCUGUGGGGCGAGAGAGAGAGCCAGCUCCACGAGCCCGGCUCCACGCUCUGUCCGGCUUCGUCCAGCAAAGCCGUUCCGGGGCCCGGGGGAGGCCCCCCACUGCGGGCGGCGGGCCCGGAUGCCUCGGCCAGGGUCUUUGUGGCCCUCUUUGACUAUGAGCCCCUGGUGAUGUCUGCCAGCCCCGAGGCUGCAGAGGAGGAGCUGGCCUUCCAGAAAGGGCAGCUGCUGCGAGUGUGGGGCCCUCAGGACUCCCAGGGCUUCUACCGGGGGGAAUGCCACGGCCGAGUGGGCAACAUCCCCGGGCAUCUGGUGGCUGAGGUGGAGGAAGGGAUGGAGAGGACUGACAGGAGGUGGCAUUUACCAGCGCAAGAUGAAAUCGGAGAGCUCCCCAUCCCCCAGGACUCCUUUCGCCCGCCCCAAGGGGACCCCAGGAAGCCUCCACUGUGCACUCGAAAGACCAUGAUGGCAGCUCUGGACUAUGACCCCAAGGACGGGUGGGUGGGCGGCCAAGUGAAGGGCAAGCUGUCGCUGAAGGCCGGGGACCUGGUCACGGUGUACGGGCCCGUGGAUGACAGGGGGUUCUACUACGGGGAGUCCGGCGGCCGCAGAGGACUCGUCCCAGCCCACCUGCUGGAUUACAUGUCCCUCCAUGAUGAGUGAGCAAGGCUGUCCCGGGGGGGAGGGGGGUGGCCUCUGGCCGCCCAGGCCCUGCCAGAGGAGAAGCCAGCACCGGGCCCUCUCACCAGCACCCCUCCUCGCCUCCAAGAGCACCACGUGUGAAACCGACAGCAGCCUCCCGCACCCCCUCGCCUCUCAGAGCCGCAGGGCUUCCGUCUGAGCUCAGAGGUUCGCGAAAGGAAACAGGACAAGCAGCCCCCGGAGUGUGACAGGCUGGUCUGGCGUUGUCAGUAACCGCGACAACAGGUGUUUGGAGAAGUGCCGUUCUGUGUGGAUUCAGCAAUUUAAGAGGCGAACAUUACCCAUCCAUGGCUAUGUAUGACCGUCUCAAGGAAAGCUUUGCCUCUUUAAAAAAAAAAAAAAAAAAAAAAAAAAAAAAGUGACCAGGAUGUUAUUUUUCUGUCUUAUGUUCAACCCCGCAUUAAAAUAGAAAAAAA